AUGUCGAACAGCGAGACAACCUCGGUCUCCGGCCCAGAAAAGCCUCCGGUGGCCACCGAGAACAACCACCAGCUCAAGGAAGAGAAACAUGGUGGUCUGGACGAAGCUAGCGACAAUGUUGACAAUGAGAAGGGCGUGACUACAGAUGCGGUUGCUGAUGCAGCAAGCAACCCGUCCCCAAGAUCCGUCCACGGUAUCUCAUGGUUUCUGGUCCCUGCUGUCAUCCAGACAUUCCAGUCCCUCAACAAGCUAGCAUGGCUGGGCGUGGCCUUCAUGAUGGCCUCUUGGGGCACGGGUGACCUAUAUGCACGAUACAGCGCAAAGUGGACCUUCUGUGUAAGCUUCGUUGUCUUCGCCGUCGGUUGCGCCAUCGCCGGUGCCGCGCCCACCAUGGACACCCUCAUCGUGGGACGAGCCAUAUGUGGUGCCGGAGGCUCCGGGAUGUACUUUGGCUCCAUGGGUCUUCUUACACAGAUGACCUCAGCCAAAGAGAGACCACUCUACCUGAACUUGGUUGGCAUCACCUUUGGAGCCGGCACGGUGUUGGGUCCCGUCAUUGGUGGCGCUUUUGCGGGAAGUGAUGCAACUUGGAGAUGGGCUUUCUACUUCAACCUCGUCGUCGGUGCCGUGUGCGCCCCUAUCUAUAUUUUCCUGCUGCCGACACUCAACCCGCGCCCCGGCCAGUCCAUCUUGCAGCGGGCCAAAGAGAUCGACUUCCUUGGGAUCGUCCUGGUCAUCGGCCUCAUCGUCUCCAUCGUGAUGGCCAUCUGCUUUGGUGGUGUGCUGUAUGCCUGGAACUCGGGUCAGGUCAUCGCCCUUUUCGUGCUGUCCUUUGUCCUCCUCUUCGCCUUCCUCGGCCAGCAGCACUUCGCCAUCGGCACCACCCCGGAAAGCCGCAUGUUCCCAAUGCACUUCCUCAAGUCUGCGACCAUGGUCGUGCUAUUCCUCGAGGUAGCCUGCUGCGCGACCAACGUCUUCGUGCCCGUCUACUUCCUGCCCCUCUACUUCCAGUUCGUGAAGGCCGACACGGCCAUCUGGGCCGGCGUGCACAUGCUGCCCUACGUUGUGUUCCAGUCCGUCAUCGGGAUCGUUUCGGGCUUGGUCACUGGAAAGACAGGCUACUACGUACCAUGGUACAUUUUCGCCGGCGUGUUCUGCAUCUCGGGCGCGGCGUGCCUGUACACCGUCAACGAGUUCACCGACCUUGCCAACAUCUACGGCUACGAGAUCCUGCUAGGCCUGGGCUCCGGCGCCGCCACCCAACUCACGUUCGCCGUGGCCUCCAUGAAGGUCGUCCCCGCUGAUAUCGGCCGCAGUACCGGGUGGGAGGCAUUCGCGCAGCUGGGCGGGCCUACCAUCAGCCUCAGCGUCGCGCAGGCCGUCUUCAUCAACAAAGCCCAGUUCGCUGUCGGGUCGCUGCUGCCGGAUCUCACCAUCGAGGAAAUCAGCACCAUCAUCUCGGACCCGGCCAGCGAUCUGCUGAGGGGCCUGACAGAGCAAAUGCAGCACGAGGUUGUCAGCGACGUUGUCAAUGCCAUGCGUGACGCGUACAUUGUUUGUCUGGCUGGCGCGUGCUUGGUAUUGCUUCUCAUCUUCCGAUUCAAGGUCAACGACAAGCUGUGGUAA